GUCUGGAGCAGGCUGCUGUCUAUUAUGCCUCAGCCAUCAAGCUGAAGCCCCGAGACCCCAGACUCCACUUCCUCCUGGGGCUGGCCCUAGAGGAGCAACACUAUGCAGCAGAGAUGUACGGACUGAGGAGGAAAUCUGAUGGGGACGUUGAGGACCUGAGCAGUCCAAGUCCACGGCGCGUCAGGAUGACAUCCUGGCUGUGUGUAAGCUGCAUGGCUUCCCUGGCACGCCUACCAUGGAGAACCAGCUCCAGGCCCUGGACACAGAGUACCACCAGCUGAAAGAGCAGGGCCAGUCAGGCAAAGCAGACUACAUUCAGACUCUGUUCAUCUUCCUCUCCAAGAAGGCUGGCAAGGAUGGCAGUGCGGGCGUGGGGGACGAAGAGAGCUGUAUCCACCGGGCCCUUCUGAAGUACCUGGAUGCCUGGUCGCUGAACCAGGACUUCUGGGAGUACAACCUCCACGUGGGGCGUAUGCUGCUGCUGCAGAAGAGGAACAGGGAGGCACUGCAGCACCUGCAGACCGGACUGGCCCUGCGGCCCUCACAGCCAGCACUUAGGUUCUUCACAGGUCUGGCUCUACUGCUACAGGAGGAAGCCUCAGAGGCUGUGGAGAAGGAGGCAGCCCUGUUUUUACAACAAGGCCUGGAGCAUGUUAUAGCACAGUCCUGCAACACGGAGAACAACUACAGUGGUUUGGAGCCGAGCGUGACAGACCCUCUGUCCAGUGUGAGAACACAGUUCCUGCGUGGCUGCCUCACCCUAGGUGCCCUCCAACAGAAGAACACUCUCUCUCAGAAGCCAAUGAGCUCAGAGCAGGUCUAUCACACUGUUGCGGUGCUGGCAGCCCGCGGUGUGUGUCGGUGCGUGUGUCGGGACGAGGUGGCCCAGCAGCUGGAGUGGGUGUUGCUAGAUGCCCACUUUGCCCUCCUCCAGAGCCUCAUUCAGCAAAAGAAGGCUGCUGGGUUGACUCAGGGUCAGGGCAAACAGGGAGAGACAGAGAGACAGGCCUGGGUGGCCAAGAGGUGUCAGGCUCUCACAGGUCUGAUCCGCCUCACCUCCAUCCCCGCCUGCAGGGAGCUGAUGGACAUGCAAGAGAAGGUCUGCCAGGUCGCCGUGGUAACGACUCCUCGUGACAGCCACGCGCUGUGUCUCCUGGGGCUGGCCCAGCUGGCUCAGUGUGACAACGACCACGGCUCCCAGAGGUUAGAAGGAGCCAUUGCCAACGCCUGCCUCAGCUUCCAGGCAAGCAUCGAACUGGAGGACAAGCCUCAGAGCGGAGAGCCACCCACACAGCUCACUAAGCAGCAGUGGUGGCAGGACAGGCUGGCAGCAGACAAGGAGAAGGCAGUCAAGGGGACAGCCAGCCAGGGAGCGGGCGGGGGUGGUUCUGGGCCUCCUGACACUGCAGUGGCUGCCGGGAGAGGAUGUGGGCGUGGCAUGGGAGGUCCUGCUAGAGGGGGUACUGCGGCUGCAGCCAAGACCCCCACGAGAGGAGGCAAGACUGCCCCUCCAGCCAAAAACACCCCCCCUCUACUGCCCCUCCACCAAAAACACCCCUUCUACCCCCCAGCCAAAAACACCCCUUCUACCCCAGCCAAAAACACCCCUUCUACUGCCCCUCCAGCCAAAAAAACUGCCCCUCCAGCCAAAAACACCCCUUCUACUGCCCCUCCAGCCAAAAACACCCCCCCUUCUACUGCCCCCCUCCAGCCAAAAAAACACCCCUUCUACUGCCCCUCCAGCCAAAAACACCCCCUCUACUGCCCCUCCAGCCAAAAACACCCCUUCUACUGCCCCUCCAGCCAAAAACACCCCUUCUACUGCCCCUCCAGCCAAAAACACUGCCCCUCCAGCCCUUCUACUGCCCCUCCAGCCAAAAACACCCCUUCUACUGCCCCUCCAGCCAAAAACACCCCUUCUACUGCCCCUCCAGCCAAAAACACCCCUUCUACUGCCCCUCCAGCCAAAAACACCCCUUCUACUGCCCCUCCAGCCAAAAACACCCCUUCUACUGCCCCUCCAGCCAAAAACACCCCUUCUACUGCCCCUCCAGCCAAAAACACCCCUUCUACUGCCCCUCCAGCCAAAAACACCCCUACUGCCCCUCCAGCCAAAAACACCCCUUCUACUGCCCCUCCAGCCAAAAACACCCCUUCUACUGCCCCUCCAGCCAAAAACACCCCUCCAGCCAAAAACACCCCUCUCUACUGCCCCUCCAGCCAAAAACACCCCUUCUACUGCCCCUCCAGCCAAAAACACCCCUUCUACUGCCCCUCCAGCCAAAAACACCCCUUCUACUGCCCCUCCAGCCAAAAACACCCCCCUGCCCCUCUACUCCAAAAACACCCCUCUACUGCCCCUCCAGCCAAAAACACCCCUUCUACUGCCCCUCCAAAACACCCCCUCUACUGCCCCUCCAGCCAAAAACACCCCUUCUACUGCCCCUCCAGCCCCUCCAGCCAAAAACACCCCUUCUACUGCCCCUCCAGCCACACCCCUUCAAAAACACCCCUUCUACUGCCCCUCCAGCCAAAAACACCCCUUCUACUGCCCCCCCUCCAGCCAAAAACACCCCUUCUACUGCCCCUCCAGCCAAAAACACCCCUUCUACUGCCCCUCCAGCCAAAAACACCCCUUCUACUGCCCCUCCAGCCAAAAACACCCCCUACUACUGCCCUUCCAGCCAAAAACACCCCUCUACUGCCCCUCCAGCCAAAAACACCACCUCUACUGCCCCUCCAGCCAAAAACACCCCCUCUACUGCCCCUCCAGCCAAAAACACCCCCUCUACUGCCCUUCCAGCCACCGUGUCUCCAUCCAGGGGGCAAGUUGGAGCAGCCAAAACUCCUGGUCCUGCCAAGCCAAGCAACUCCAAGACCCAGCUCAUCUCCCCCAGCAAGUCUAAACCAGACUGCUCCUCAAGCCCAGCCAAACCUGGGCCCACAGAAGGUCCACGAUGCGUACAUUGAGCUGGCAGAGAUGCUGGGGCAGUCCGACCCGCUGGCUGCUGUAGAGGUGUACUGUCGGUUCCCCCUGAAGCCCGUCUCAGAGCAGAACUUUGACGACGCCUUCAUCACCGGAGAGAUCGUACGCAUCCUGAUGAAACAAGGCCUCUACGAGCACCCAGAGCUGAGACACAACCUCAUCGCCUACGGGAAAGUCAUGGGCCUGGGUUGCCUUGAGAAAUACAUCAACAUCCUGGAAGGGAAGUUCAUGAGCAGCCUUCUGAAGAGAGUGUAUGCUGGGAUCCAUGACAAAUCAGUGGAAGACAAGGAUCUGCAGGACUUCUUCAAGUUCAAGUGCUGGAUAUGAACUUUCCUUUCAUAAAGAGACGGGCUGUUUAUUCCUUGAUCAAAGUAUGAAUGUAUCUCUUUAGACCAAUCGGCUAGUCGCAUCAUCUUUAGACCAAUCGGCUAGUCGCAUCAUCUUUAGACCAAUCGGCUAGUCACAUCAACUUUAGACCAAUAGGCGAGUCACAUCAUCUUUAGACCAAUCGGCUAGUCGCAUCAUCUUUAGACCAAUCGGCUAGUCGCAUCAUCUUUAGACCAAUCGGCUAGUCGCAUCAUCUUUAGACCAAUCGGCUAGUCGCAUCAUCUUUAGACCAAUCGGCUAGUCGCAUCAUCUUUAGACCAAUCGGCUAGUCGCAUCAUCUUUAGACCAAUCGGCUAGUCGCAUCAUCUUUAGACCAAUCGGCUAGUCGCAUCAUCUUUAGACCAAUCGGCUAGUCGCAUCAUCUUUAGACCAAUCGGCUAGUCACAUCAACUUUAGACCAAUAGGCGAGUCACAUCAUCUUUAGACCAAUCGGAUAGUCACAUCAUCUUUAGACCAAUCGACUAGUCACAUCAUCUUUAGACCAAUCGACUAGUCACAUCAUCUUUAGACCAAUCGACUAGUCACAUCAUCUUUAGACCAAUCGGCUAGUCGCAUCAUCUUUAGACCAAUCGGCUAGUUACAUCAUCUUUAAACCAAUCUGCUAGUCACAUCAUCUUUAGACCAAUCGGCUAGUCGCAUCAUCUUUAGACCAAUCGACUAGUCACAUCAUCUUUAGACCAAUCGGUGAGUCGCAUCAUCUUUAGACCAAUCGGCUAGUCACAUCAUCUUUAGACCAAUCGGCGAGUCGCAUCAUCUUUAGACCAAUCGACUAGUCACAUCAUCUUUAGACCAAUCGGCUAGUCGACAGAGUGAAACAUCUGUCGUUGUACCCUUGAGCAAGGCAGUUAACCCCCGCCCCCCGACACACACACAGCAACAGCUUCCCAGGCGACCAAUCUGGCAGUCCC